UCCACACCAAAUGUAUAUAACCUAUCGGGACGGAGGGAGUAUAUAAACUACAUCUCUUACAUGACUUGGUGUUUCUGAAUUAUUACAAAGUCUUCUACUUAAGCAGCAUCAGCAGCCAUGAAUGGAAGAGAUAUCCUCCACAAGAUGAAGGAAAAGGUUCGUUUUGGCUCAUCAUCAGCUGAAAGUGGAAAAGGAAAGAGUAAACUGUCAAAGCAUGUAACACAUGGAUAUCAUCUGGUAAAGGGAAAAUCAUAUCAUGACAUGGAAGAUUAUGUUUUUGCACAAUUUAAGCAAGUUGACGACAAUGAGCUUGGCCUGUUUGCAAUAUAUGAUGGUCAUUUGAGCCAUGAUAUUCCUGAUUACCUGAAGACUCAUCUGUUUGAGAACAUAAUCAAUGAGCCCGACUUCUGGACCGAGACAGAGAAGGCAGUCAGACGAGCAUAUCACAUAACUGAUAAAACUAUAUUGGAUAAAGCAAGUGAUCUAGGUAGAGGGGGUUCAACUGCAGUUACAGCAAUAUUAAUAAAUUGUAAAAGGCUGGUUGUGGCUAAUGUCGGGGACUCUAGAGCUGUCAUUAGCAAAAAUGGAGUGGCGAAACAAUUAUCAAUAGAUCAUGAGCCUAGUAAGGAACGGAGUAGUAUAGAGGACAGAGGUGGCUUCGUAUCUAACUUUCCAGGUGAUGUUCCUCGUGUUGAUGGACAACUAGCAGUAGCCAGAGCCUUCGGUGACAAGAGCUUGAAGAAACACCUUAGCUCAGAACCAGACGUGUCAGUAGAAACCAUAAGUGAGAGUACAGAUUUUCUUAUCUUAGCAAGCGAUGGCAUAUGGAAGGUUUUGUCAAAUCAAGAAGCCGUGGACUGUAUUAAGCACACAAAAUGUCCUCAAACAGCCGCAAAGCAACUCACCGAAGAAGCCCUUGCAAGGAAGAGCACCGAUGAUAUUUCUUGCGUAGUUGUAAAGUUCAGAUGAUCUAGUCAGGUCCGUCAGCAUCUCAACUCUAUUGUUUAU